AAUAAAAGAAGGACAAAGAGUUGUUUUAAGUUCCGAAUACGAAGAAAAGAAUAGAAUAGAAAAGAAGAGGGUUGGCUUUGUUGGUACUAUAAUCAAGGUUGAGGAAGACACUGUUCGCGUUCUUUGGGACAAUAAGAAAACUGAUGAAUUCUACAAUACUUCUGGUGAUCUUCUCCUCCUAGAUAAUGCACAAACAGGGGCAAUACACAACGGCUACAAAUGUAACGGAUGUAAAGAGAAUCCAAUACGUGGUAUGAAGUGGAGUUGUUGCAUUUGUGAUGACAUUCAUUUAUGCACAAAGUGCUACAUGCAAGGAACACAUAGUCUUUGUCACGAAUUUGAGAGAAAGCUCUACCAAAAAUCAAAAAGUAUCAAGGUAGGCAUUCGUAAUGAUGACUUCGAGGAUAAAAUCUUCAAAUACGUGAAGGGAAUAUUUCCUGGUGCCGAAGUUUCCUUACGCAAUGACGAAAAAGCAAUAGGGACAGUUGACAAGUUAACGGACAAAAAAAUAAGAAUGUUCAACUGUGACGCCUUCGUUAGGCGUGAAAUCGAUAACAAGGAUGAAGUGAGAUACAGGGUGGGACGAGAAGGGCAUGUGGAUUUAAAGUUCCUAACUCCAGGAAAAGGAUUGGAAUAUUACGAGGAUCAUUUGCAGACUAUUUCACUAGAUGAUGCUAUACCAGGGAUGAGAGUUGUAGCAAAGAACAAAACAGCAGAAAAGGAGCAAGUUGUUGGGACAAUAAUUAUGAGAGAGAGUCAAAGCACAAGAUUCUAUAUGCCGAAUCUCCCUGGAAUGGUCCAAGAGUCAUCUGGAAAAGUUAUGAAACUCAAAAUUCAAUGGGAUGAUGGAAAUAUCGGCAAUGAAAUAGAAAAUGACCUACAAAUUCUGCUUUAUGAUAACAGUCAAAUAGGUAUGGACAUUUUAAGCUUAUUUGAGGCGUAUACUCAACUGAGCUUUCCUGAUCAAAGAGUGUAG